AUGAGUUGUGCGGAGGUGAUGUAUCACCCCCAGCCGUAUGGAGCGCCCCAGUAUCUGCCCAACCCUGUGGCAGCUGCAACCUGCCCCACAGCUUACUACCACCCGGCGCCCCAACCUGGCCAGCAGAAGAAGUUAGCGGUAUACAGCAAGAUGCAGGACUCUCUGGAAGUCACCCUUCCCAGCAAACAAGAGGAGGAGGAGGAUGAGGAGGAGGAGGAGGAGGAGGAGGAGAAAGACCAGCCUGCCGAGAUGGAGUACCUUAACUCUCGCUGUGUCCUUUUCACUUAUUUCCAGGGAGACAUUGGGUCAGUAGUGGAUGAACACUUCUCAAGAGCUUUGGGCCAAGCCAGCACCCUCCAUCCAGAAUCUGCCAUUUCAAAAAGCAAGAUGGGGCUAACCCCCCUAUGGCGAGACAGCUCAGCUCUCUCAAGCCAGCGGAGUAGUUUCCCGACUUCCUUUUGGACCAGCUCUUACCAGCCCCCAUCUGCACCCUGCCUGGGGGGUGUUCAUCCCGACUUCCAGGUCACUGCACCCCCCGGCACCUUUCCCACAGCUGACCCCAGCCCCUGGCCGGGACAUGGGCUGCAUCAGACUGGCCCGGCCCCUCCACCUCCCACGUCCGAGUCCUGGCACUACCCUUUGGCAUCUCAGGUGAGCCCAUCCUACAGCCACAUGCAUGACGUGUACAUGCGGCACCACCACCCCCAUGCCCACGUGCACCACCGCCAUCACCACCACCACCACCACCCUUCUGCUGGCUCCGCCCUGGAUCCAUCCUACGGGCCCCUGCUGAUGCCGUCAGUGCGCACGGCCAGGAUACCUGCGCCCCAGUGUGACGUCACAAAGACAGAUCCGACUACAGUCAGCACUGCUACCUCAGCGUGGGCCGGAGCCUUUCAUGGAACCGUGGACUUAGUGCCAAGUGUGGGGUUUGAAACAGGUCUACAGCAUCAAGACAAGAGCAAGGAAUCACCAUGGUACUGAAACACAGUAUUAGCAAGUCAGGCUGGAGUGUGACUCCGUGGGCCCACUGGGAAAGAUGCUGCCAGUAUUUUCCAUUCUGCAGUGGGACACGAUAGACAUGCAAGGAGAAGAGGAAGUAUCAGCCAGCUGACUUUGGUUGGGAGCCUUUUCUUGAGAAAGCCCAGUGGGUCCUAGACAUUGAAGAAAAGCAUUUUUGUUUGUUUUUUCCCCUCAUCUGAGCCUUUGCCAACUGUGCAACUCUUUUUUUGUCUUGCUUUUAUGGAUACAUGGUUUAAUUUUUGUUUCCUUUUGAUUUUUUUUUUCCCCUUUUUGAACCAACCACCUUGUCAGGAAAAGAUGAACCACAAAUGAAAAUGCUCAUUCUUUCAGGAAUACAAUUUUGUAGCUCUAUGUGUAUCUAUUUUUGUAGAAAUACAGAAAGUUUGAUUUAGCAUUGAUGGGCUAUUUUUGAGGGAUGUAUUUUUUUUAAUAUUGUAAAAAUUGUUAAGUUCUGUUUAAAGAACUUGCUCUCAGAGAAGCACUGGCAAAAAUGUUGAAAAGGCUUGUCUUUCAGAUGUCUGUGAUAUGCUCUGUGCUUUCUAGGUUACCUCAAGUGUUUGAUAGUUUCUCCUUUUUUACAAAAGUAGCACCAUAGCCAAGCCAAUAUAGUAUUGUUUUACAUUAAAUCUCGGUGAAGAUUUAAUUCCAUGCUAGCUCACCUAGCUUUGAGUUAUAUGCAUAGCUUGAAAAGGAAGUUUUUUCAUGACCAACACUAAAGAAAGGAUAUUUCAUUACUUCGAUUUGUCCCAAAGAGUACUUGGAGGUUGACUAAGUUUUGCAGAAACUUUCAAUCAGAGGGAGAGUUUGCCUAGCAUAUGUAGUUGUCUUUCUUAGCCCAUCCAACUUUGACAAAUGGAACCAGUUUAUAUCCAACUCCUGGAAAAAAAAAAAAUGCGUUUACCCAUGCUACCUUUGAUUGCCAGUGGUUUAGUUUCCUUGUUUCUAAUUAUGCAAUCAUGGCAAUUUUUAAGGUCAUAUUUUAAGUGGAUAGUUUUUUUCCUAGAGAUGGUUUGAAGGGAUAAUGUUUGGGAAGGUACUAGAUGCAUCACAAAGCCUUUAAUUCAAUGGCUGUUUCUGAUAAUGUUACUCAUCACUGUAAAUUGAAAAAUAAUAUAUAUAUAAUAUUUCAAAUGUGUUUUUCAAGACUUUCUUGUUUGUUUAAAUCUGGUCUUAGCUGAUUGAACUUUUUUAAGAAAACUUUUUAGAGCAAAAUGAAAUUUAAAUUGGAAUUUAUGCCACAAUUACUUAAAUCGGGGUAAUAAAUUGACUAUUUAUUCUUUGAAAUUUAUCCUUGAAUACUCAGGAUUCAACUUGGCAUGGCCCUCAGGAUCUAAAUAAGGUGAAGUUGGAAUAAUCAUUAAGACCUUGUUAGGAAAAGAUUAAGGUUAUAAAAGUAGCAGUUAAUAUCUUAAGGAUUUUUGAUGCAAAGUCCAUUCUCAUAUAGCUGCUUCCAGAGAUGGGUCACAUUAAAAAGUUAGUGUUAUAUAGAAGUUUUUGUUUGGUAAAAGUUUCUCAAAUGUGCCCCCUCCUGGUCUUCACCCAUAUGAAAUAGAGUGUUUCAUGAAAUACCACUUUCCAUUUUAAACUGUGUAUAUCUUGUGCAUAAACAUUUUAGCUAUAAGAACAGCAUAACCUCUGCUCAGCUAGGCAGGGUUCUUACAGAUAAUUUAAAGUAGUUCCCUUAUCUCUGUUUUUUGCAUUAGUUUUCUUUCCUGGUGCCUCUGGUGAGUUAUAAAUCUAUUAUACACUCUCUUGUAGUCUUAUCAUAAGUUGCUUCUUCUUAACCAGACUCUCCUUAAUGCAAUAUGCAUAUUUUUACCUAAUGUGAGGUCAAAACUUAAGGAAUUUUCUACUUACAAAUGAUAUGAACUUAGAUUUCUAGGGAGUGGCUUGGUCAAAUUAUCUAUAUUUUGAUCUAUAAUUUGACUUGUUACGGUUGUAUGUACUUUGCCCAAUCUGUGGAGCAUGAAGUUAAAUGACUUUAUAAAAUUGGUUUCCUCUUGUGUCCUGAGUUUUCAAAGACAAGUAUUCGACAGUUCCCAUGGGAUGACUCACUGGGGAUUAUUUAUUUUCCUCCUCUUCCCUUGGAACCUAUUAACUUCCUUUGCAGUUUCUCUUAGAACAGCGUUGUACUCCAACUCAUUCAGAUCAUUCAAUUGGAUUUUCCCAAUUAAGGGAGAAGAAAAGUAUUAAC